ACGAAACAAACAAAGACACAAGUAAGGGUUAAAGCAGUCGCCUACAACAGGCAAGCAUUAUUAUGCAAGCCUUGCCAUCAAGUCAUGGCCGCUUGCGCGGCUGGCACGGCCGGCACCCACACCCGUGUACGCAACAUGUGCAUCGCUCAGCAAGGCAUAUAACAGCAAACCGUGCUUCAAAUGGGGAUGCAGGCGCUCCGACCACUUCAACACGGGAGCAGAUAGCACUACAGCGGGCGAGGAUGUUCUACGAGGACGUGUGGAGCAGCGGCAAGGUGCUCAAGCUCAACACCAUCAUGGCGGAGGAUCACCAGCAGCACGACAUGGUGUGGCAGCCCGCCCGUGUGGGCGCCGGGCGCUCCGCCAUGCUGCGGGGGGUGCUGGCCUACCGCGCCGCCUACCCGGACCUGGUGUUCGCGGUGCGGGACGUGGCGUACUCGGCGGAGGGGCACAGCGUGUUCGUGGCGUGGGCCGCCAAGGGCACCAACCUGGGACCCAUCCGAGACCAGCCGCCCACGCACAAGGUGACGGAGUUCCAGGGCGUGUCGCGGCUGCAGUUCAACGAGCAGAACCAGAUCGCCGCGUCCUUCGUCUUCCGGUAGGCGCCUAGGCGGAUAGGUGCUGGCAAACCUAAACCAACAGCUGACCCGGCUUCACCCGGGGGCACCUGCGCGACAGCCAGCUGGCGUCACUCCGCAUGGCCCGACAUUGGUGCUCGCGCCGAAGGAGCGUCCCCACACAGCGCGAGUUGGUGCUUGGUGUGUCGACGUUUG